CUGAAGUGUGAUUGGUAGAAGGGAAGUCGGAGAGCUGUGCCCGUGUGCAUUUGGAGUAGCCUACAGUAACUGUGGCACACAACACGCUGUUACCAGCCUUUCAAAGCGAGAUUUGAUAAGUGUUGCUACUUCCAGCCAAUAUAAAACAGUGUUUCCAAUGAAGGAAACAGGAAAUGUGAAUUUUCAUGAUUGCUGUGCUGUCGUAGCUGCCGACAGUGGUUGAGCUGGUCGGACGGACCUCCCUCUUUCUGCCUGCUGGCUCCAGUGGGCUGUCUGCCCGGAGGAACACCAGCCUAGCUGCGACGAGGGCGGAGCUGGCCUGGCUGUCACAAAGAUAUGUUUCAUUUUUAAGAAGUAGCCACAACGCUAACUACUGUCGCUAACGCUAACUACAAGGCUUUGGGUUUAACCGCGACGACAAGGCGCCUGUUCAGCCGACUCGAGGAGAAGCGGGAUGCCGGUGAAAGGCGGAGGAAGACUGGCCUCUUAUCCGAGCAAGAGCGAAAUUGUCGGAGAAUAUCAAAACUAUGUGAAACAGCGCUGGGAGGAGACGGCUUUGUACGCCGGUGGGUGGAGCUAGUGAGCGAGAUGGAGAAUGUCAGUGGCAGUGAGGAAGAGUUCCGUUCAGUGGCCAGUGGUGUGUCCAAAAGGAGCUCCAGCAGCAUUUGACCAUCUGUGACUGUUAAGAGUGCAGGACAGUGACAGUAACACAACCAAGUGUUCUCCACUGAAUGAGCUCAGGAAUGGAAGAGAUGGUCUGGGAGCAGUACACGGUCACUCUGCAGCGGGACGCUAAGAUGGGUUUUGGCAUCGCUGUGUCUGGUGGGCGUGACAACCCCAACGUGGAGAACGGUGAGACGUCAAUCAUCGUGUCAGACGUGCUACAGCGAGGACCAGCAGAUGGAUUACUCUUUGAGAAUGAUCGUGUCAUUCAGGUCAACUCCAUCUCCAUGGACAACGUGCCUCAUUCCUUUGCUGUGCAGUCCCUCCGUAAAUGUGGCAAAGUGGCCAAAAUAACGGUGAAGAGACCUCGUAAGAUGGCGGUCCAUUCAUUGAAACAGCCCCCCUCCCCAGGUGGAGACAGUCUGGAAUACGCCCCCUCCACCCACUACUACGAUGCAGACAAUGACAAUGGAUGGUAUCAUAAGGAAGGCCAGGACCACAUCUCUGACAGCAAAGGAUACCUGGACCCUGAGUACAGGAGAGGGCGGGACUACAACCAGAGAGAAAGGAGCCGUGGGAGAAGCCAGGAGAGAACCUCACCCAGCCCGGAUAGAUCCAAGAGGGAGGGCAGCCGGGGACGAGCCCUGGAAACCAGUGCCGACCAUCAGAGGUACCACAGCCAAGGACGCAGCCCCGGGGACAGCUCUCGAAUGGAGGAUAAGUACGAGCGAGGAGAAGGAGGAGGAGGAAGAGGAGGAAGGUAUAGGAGCAGGGACCAGCUUAAUGACAAUCCUCCAUCCCCUGAACCUUCCAAAGAGCUGGAGCCACUGGAGAAACCUGUCAAUGUCCUGCUGGUGAAGAACAGACCUAACGAAGAGUAUGGUCUACGUCUAGGGAGUCAGAUCUUCAUCAAGCAGAUGACCAGCACAGGCCUGGCUGCCAAGGAUGGGAACCUGCAGGAGGGAGACAUCAUUCUUAAGAUCAAUGGGACAGUGACAGAGAACCUCUCUCUCCAUGAUGCUGGGAAGCUGAUAGAGAAAUCGAGAGGGAAGCUGCAGCUGGUGGUCCAGAGAGACCACCGCCAGAUCCUUGUCCGCAUCCCCCCCCUCGCAGACUCCGACUCUGAUAAUGAUGACAUAUCAGAGAUGGAGUCAUACCAUUCCUAUUCUCCCCCAGAGGAGAGGAGGUCCCGCCAGUCUGAUCUGUCCUCCCACUCUUCUAAUGAAAGAGAAAACCCAAGGGAAGAACCCAUAAGGACAGCCAAGAUGUCAGCCAUGGCCUCCCCGUUCAAAGUACCCGAAGACCCCCAGACCUCAGCUGAGCUGGACAAAGACACACCGAACAUUGAGGAGCCUCCAGUUGCUGUAACAGCCAUGCCCAAGAUUCUCCUCCGACCAAGUCCAGAAGAUGAAAAAAUAUACGGGCCGAACACAGUGAUGGUCAAUUUCCAGAAGGGAGACAGUGUCGGCCUCAGGCUGGCAGGAGGAAAUGAUGUUGGCAUCUUCAUUGCUAGUGUUCAAGAUGGCAGCCCUGCUGAGGAAGAGGGCCUCCGCAUCGGAGACCAAAUCCUAAAGGUGAACAAUGUUGAUUUUCAAGGUGUAGUGAGAGAGGAAGCAGUGCUCUUCCUGUUGGAGAUUCCUAAAGGGGAAGUGGUCACCAUCCUGGCCCAGAGCAAACCUGAUGUCUAUAAUGAUAUCUUGGUGUCGGGGCGUGGAGACUCCUUCUUCAUCCGGACCCACUUUGAGUAUGAGAAAGAGACUCCACAGAGCCUGGCCUUCAGCCGAGGGGACAUCUUCAAGGUGGUGGACACCCUCUAUGACGGCAAGCUUGGCAACUGGCUGGCAAUCCGUGUUGGCAAGGACAAGCAGCUGCUGGAGAAGGGCAUCAUCCCCAACAAGAGCAGGGCGGAGCAGAUGGCCAGUGUCCAGAGCUCUCAUAAAGCUGUUGCAGGCGAUCGAGCUGACUUCUGGCGGUUGCGAGGCCAACGUUCUGUGAAGAGGAAGGACCUGAGGAAGAGCAGAGAAAACCUGAGCAGUCAGAGCCUGGCCACCCGCUUCCCAGCAUACGAACGAGUGGUGCUCCGAGAAGCUGGUUUCCGGCGUCCUGUGGUGCUGUUCGGCGCCAUCGCUGAUGCUGCUAAUGAGAAACUGGCCUCUGAGAUGCCUGACCUGUUUGUUAUUGCCAAAACCGAGCCAAAAGACGCCGGCUCUGAGAAGUCCUCAGGAGUGGUUCGCCUGAACACCAUCCGACAAAUCAUCGAGCAGGACAAGCACGCCCUGCUGGAUGUGACACCCAAGGCAGUGGACACCCUGAACUACACCCAGUGGUACCCCAUUGUCAUCUUCUUCAACCCAGACAGCAAGCAUGGCAUCAAGGCCAUGAGACAGAGGAUCAUCCCCAACUCCAACCGCAGCGCCCGCAAACUCUACGAACAGGCCGUCAAACUGAGGAAGACCUGCUCUCACUUAUUCACUGCCACCAUUGAUCUGAACUCAGCCAACGACGCCUGGUACGGCAGCGUCAAAGACUCCAUCAGAGAGCAGCAGAUGCAGGCUGUCUGGGUUUCUGACGGCAAGCUGGAGGGAGUAGAGAGUGAUCUGGACUGCCAGGACAUGGAGCGUCUGUCCUUCCUGUCCGCCAUGUCUGCCGACUACCUCAGCAUGGACAGCCGGCUGACUUCCGACCUGGAUGACACCGCCGACGAGGGCGGGGCCUACACCGACAAUGAGCCCGAUGUGGAGACAAUGCACAUCUCCGCCAUCAGCCGCUCGUCUGAGCCUGUCACAGCUGAGGAGAUCUUGCGCAGGUACAGUCCAGACAUCAGGAGUCGCAUGAGGAAAAUCAGCAGCCGGGAAGUCCUCAGCAGGUCCAGCCCUCCACCGGUCUUCUUACCAGACAACAAGGUGAGACUGUCUCUGAGGGAUGAUCCGGUCCUCCUAUCAGGCUCCAUCAACCCACACCAUCACCACCGUCAACAUCACCCUCCAACCCCCAGCUCCAGCCAAAGUUACGAUUCUCCCUCCAGCAGCAGCCCUGCCAGCAGCAACAACGACCAUCCACUACCCAUCUCCCAUUCAGCUGCCUCCUCCGGCCCGCUGCCCCCACUUCCGGCUCACCACUUCAACUCCUGUGGUAAACUGCGGCCCCUGGGAGCGCCCCAACCCCCCACUGCGCCCAAGCGCAGCAACUGCGGGAGCACAGCAGAGGCUGCAGUUCACUCACCUGUGGCUCUGCCCAGUGCGACCGUGGCAGCCUGUAGGCAGCAAGAGGUGGCAGCAGAGGACAGCCCUGUGGAGGAUCCGUCCAUGAAGUCCUUCCUGGGGAAGAUCAAGGCCUUCGAGAAGAUGGAUCACUUUGCCCGAGUCCGAAGGAUGCUGGAAGUGCAGGAGGCACAGAAUGCCAGGUUGGAAAUUGCUCAGAAGCACCCAGACAUCUAUGCUGUUCCUCUGAAGACAGCCAAGCUGGAUCACAGUCGCCCACAGCCUAUCGGCUCCAGCUCCCAUCCUGAACCCCACACUCCUCCAUCCUACAAGGAGGGACGUCCCUUCUUCCCCAGCGAAAAGGAGGCAGAGGAGGAGGCAGCGCCGGGAUAUUACACCGCCAACUCCUACCAGUACCAGGACACCGAACUGUAGGGUCAUCACACAGCAGCUGUGCCAGCCCUCAGCUUCCUGGACAUACAUGUACACAUACACUGUAUAUGCAGUCUAUUUACACACUUACCAUUCCAUUAUGCCCUGCACAAGUAAGCUGCUGAUUUUGAACUGACUCUUGCUUCUUUGAUAUUGAGGGAAAAACUUUUUUUUGGUUCAAGGACGUUAAAGCAAUCUGUACUAUCCAUUUGGAUAGGAACACACUGUCUUGACUUUACUUUUAUGUUGUAUUUCAUUGUUUCUUUCUUAAGUAUCACUUUUAAUGGUCAAAACUGAGUGACUAAAACCACUUGUUUUCUUGUCUAUGCAACUCUUCAGUUUGUGCACAGCAACUGAAACCUAUUGCCACGGGUUUUGCCCUCACAAAAACCUCUACAAACCCCAAAACCCACAAUGCGCUUUAUCACAUCCAUCCCCUUCUUUUUUAAGCUCCUAUUAUUGCCAGCUAAGCUAUUGAUCAGCAAAGGUUACCUAUAUAUUAUUACAAACAGCGUAUAUAUAUCUAAAGUCAAGUGUUUAUAUUCUGUCUUUGCAUUCCUUCGUAUAUAUGACAAUGCCUGUGUAUACAUAAAGCAUAUAUCUAUAUAUAUUCUAUCUAGUAACACUGGAAUUUAUUACAGUUUUUUAAAGUGCCUUUUACUUUAUUAGUCCCAUGAGGUUUGGGUUGUCUUUCCUUCACUCCUCAGCCACCCAACCGUACUAAAACCUCUGCUGCUGUCAAGCUUAAAGGGAAACCAGGGAACCAGUGUCACCAAAACCUUAAUGCUGCCCCCACACACUGUACUGUCUGCUGUCACAUCGUGUGACAAAAAAAACAACAAAAAUACAGUACACACAUCUGCCAUGUUUAAGAAAGAGCAAACACUGUCUGAUCUCUAGAUUUCAAUCAAGAACAAUAUCAAUCUAACACCAGUUUGAAAUUAAACCUCUCUCUCUCUCUCUCUCUCUCUCUCUCUCUCAAAACAUAAAACGGCAGCAGCAGAUGGCCGCCCACCCUGAGUCUGGUUCUGCUUGAGUUUCUGCCUCUUAAAGGAAGUUU